AAAUACAGAAAAUUGCUUCCUCUAACAAUAGCUUUUGUUUAAACAACGCCAAUUGCUUUGGCGAAAAAGUUUGGUCACACAAUCAAUAUAGGGUUAUAAGAAGAUUGAUGGAUAAAAGCUAGCGUCAAGCUCACUCCGCCCAGUUACCAAUUCCUAAAUUGACCAAAUAUCAUGUAAUUUCAAUAAAUCAAUCAUCAUCAUCAACGAGUAAAGAAGGUGUGGUUUUCAUUCAGUCAACAACCAUCCAUUCAGUUAAGUGAACGAAAACAUAUUAUAGUGUGUUUUUCAAUUAUAUGAUUAUGAAUAAACCAUAAUAAAAAUGGAGAGAUUUUGCUUGAAACAGAUAAACAACAUUGAUGGGUAUGCCCCGAUUGUCAUUUGUUUAAAUUCUGACCUGUUAAAAAUCGGUAAAGGAACAUUUCCUUCUUUAAAAAAAAUUCGCUAUUUACGUCCACAACAUGCGAGAGUAACAAAAAAAAACAAUGAUUGGUUUAUAAAAAAUUUGACUCGUAAUGUUGGAACUUAUGUUAACUCUCGGCGUAUUACUAAGAAACAGAAAUUAAAAAUAGGUGAUAUUAUUGGUUUUGGAGUUUCGAAUGUUACAAGUAAAGGACUUGUUUGCAUAUUCUGUUUGACUGAUAACGAAAUAAUGCAUGAGCCAGUUUACAUUGUGAACGAAGAAAAUCACCAACCUUGCUAUGAUUUAUCAACGAGUAACAGUUCUGUAAGUAAAAGUGCAGAUUUAAGCAAUAAAUUGUCUAUUUUAAAACCUUCUACUAAGGUUGAUGAUAAUGUAUUAGAAAACGUUAAAAAAUGUUAUGUAAAACUAAUUAGAUGUGAUUCUAAAUACUUUAAAUUACCUCCUGAUGUGAAAAGUAUCUCAGAACCUCAUAAAAGGGCAUUUUCUAACCCCUCCCAACGAAGAUAUGCUGAACAACAUGAAAGAACAUUUUUUGGUGCAAAUGCAUCUCUUUUACCUCAAGUUAACAGUGAGCUACAUGUAGAUGUUAAUAGUAAUAUUCCAUGUGACUCUUUUCAGAUUGAUAGUUCAUGCGUCCAAAGACAUAAUAGUUAUUCACACUCACACUGUAAACCUCAAAAUUCUGUUACAGCAGUUGUUAAACCAUUGCGUGAAACUCAAGGUCGUAGAAAUCAAGGUGUUAAGAACCACAUUGGAUAUUCACAAACAGAGGAAGUUAUUUGUAUUUCCGAUGAUGACUCUCAUUUGGAUUUUAAUUCUUCUCUACCAAUUAAAUCUGAGGUAUUGUAUGACUCAGAUUAUUUAGAUUUUUCAUUACUUAAUGAAUUACCUGAUGAAAAUGAUAUUCAAUUAAUAUAUGACACCAAUGAUGAUAAAGAGACUAUUGAAAAUAUCAAUCAUUUUAUCCUUUCUCAUGAAAAUGUACAUGUAAAAAAAGAAAAAGGUGAUCACUCUUAUUCUGAUCUUGAUUGUCCAACUGAUAUCUUUUCAGCUGAUAAAUCUGACAAAGAAUUUCUGUCUGGUAAUGUAAGUGAUGACUCGAAUGACAGUCUACCAUCUGUUAAGAGUGUGUCUAAUAAUAAAUAUACUUUAUCUGAUAAAGAAAUAAAAUCCAACAAUGUAUUUGAUAAUGCUAGGAAAAAUAAUAUUGCUAUUGAUUCAAUUUCUGAUUAUGAAAGCGGUGACUCUGAUGUCAGUCUACAUUCUAUUAUUAUGUAUCCAUCUUCGUAUAAUAAAUCUUCAGAGAAAUCAGAAGCAAAAGAUUCUAAAAAACCAAAGUAUUUGAUUAAGAGUGAUGAUGAUGAAAAUGGUGUGCAGGAAAGUGACGACUCUGAUAUCAGUCUACAUUCUAAUUUUGUAUAUUCAUCUCCAUAUAAUAAAUCUUCUGAGAAAAAAGAUGUUAAACAUUUUGAAAAACCAAAGUAUGUGAUUAAGAGUCGUGUUGAUGAAAAUGUUAGUGUUAAAAAAUCCAAAUUAGUGAGCAGAACAGUUAAAGAAUCCAAAUUAGUGAGCAGAACAAUGCUCACUGAACCUAAACCUAUGAUACCAAGACCUAAGCGUUUGCGAGGCAGAGAGGAAGUAUUUAUUCCGGUUGAAGACGAAGAACUUGUUGAAAAACAUAGAGACACAGAGCCUUCUAAGAAGCAUAUGACUACCAAAUCAUCUGUGAAAUCUUUUCAAAAGAAGUGUGCGAGUAAAUCUUGUAAUCUUAAUGAAAUAAGAAAAGGAAAAUCAAGCGCAACAAUAGAAGUUGGAGAAGCACAAAAACUUAAAAACUUAAGCAGUAAUUCAGUUGCUAAGCAUACCCUACCAACUGUAAAGGUAAGACCUGAACAUUUCAGUUCCCGUUCUAAAUUUUUAACUACCUCAUUAAUUAACAAUGACACUCAUAAACCCAGAUCUAGUAUUAAAAGAAUUUCCGAAAGUAAUGUUAAAACUGAAGCAAGUAAAAAAGCUAAACAGACUAAUUCUGAUGUACCUGUUGUUAAUUAUACAGCAAAAAAGUCUGAUCAAUCUCAAGAUAUGAAAAAUUCAUUUUCUUUUAACAAUAAUUUAAUAUCAGAUACCAUAUCCAUAACUAGUGGAGUUGAAGGUGGUUUAAAUAGGAAAUUAUUAAGUAAAAACAGCAACCAACCUCCUACUUCCAAAGAUAAUAGUGACAAAAAGUCAAAAGAUAAUAAGACAAAAAAGUUUUUUAACAAUAAUACCUCAUUAGUAAGUGAUUCAAGUAUCUCAAUAAACAGCCAUCAGUCUCCUACUUCCAAAGGUAAAGAAAUCAGUGGCAAAAAGUCAAAAGACAGUCAAACAAAAACUUAUAUUAAAGAUAAUACAUCAUUUGUAAGUGAGUUGAAAACCUCUACAAAUAGAAAUAAUAACUUGUCUCAUAAUAAUCUGUCUUCAAACUCGCCUAAUACAUCUACAGCGAAAACUAGAACUGUUUUGCAUAGUAUAAAUACAGAUUCUAAGUUAAAGAAAGAUAUUUCAAAGCAAGUCAUUGAUACUAGCACACAAUUUAAACAAGUAAAAGAUUUUUCUUAUAAUAAUGAAGAUAAAAAGCCUACUGCUGUUGUUGCUGGGACUAGUUAUCCAAAUUCCCAAACCUAUAGUGCUAAUAAGAUAAUCGAAAAAAUAGUUGGGCUUAAUGUGCAAUGGAUUAAUGAACAAAAAAGUAAGAAACUGCCUCCUCCUUUUGUGUACAAAGAUAGUGAGGACCUCCCUUUAAGUUUUGAUUCAUAUGAACAUUAUGUGUCUGCCUUUCAGCCAAUGUUAAUGCUUGAAAUUUGGGAAGAAAUUUGCAAGUUUGCUCAACCUGUUUUGGAUAGUGAGUUUAAGUGUCAGAAGUUUUAUUUUACGAUAUAUAAAUCACAUAAAAAGAAUUCUCUGAUAAUUUAUGACUGUGAAGCUUUGAUAAAUCAGAACUCUCCUGAGCCUACUGAAGGCAAUUUAGUUAUACUAGCAAUUAAAAAUCUUGACGGAAAUGUUCAUGUUAUCUUUGGUUACAUCAGUAAGCAUCAAGUAAUAACAAAUUUUCUAUCGAAACACAUAUCUCCGAAAUGGGAUCAAGUCACUUCAAAUUGGAUUAGUGGUGCAAAGUUGUACAAGUUUUCAGUUGUAACAAAACUCAACCUUUUAUCUCCAAAAUGUUAUGACAUCAUGAGAGGAAAUGUCAUUUUAUCGGUGAAAAAGAAGUUUCAUUUAGCUCUCGCUUUAGAAAAGUUUAAAGCAUCUCCUUUACGUGACAACAUCUUAAAACCAGAUGGAUCAGCUUUUACAGUAAGCAAUCAUAUUACAUCUAAUUGCUAUGAAAUGAGAUUCAAUGCAUCUCAGACACAAGUAAUAGAUUCUUUGGGUGAGGAGUUGGAGAGAGAGAAUCAGGAGCAAAAAAUAUUUCUUCUUCAAGGCCCACCUGGUACGGGUAAAACUCUUGCAAUAAUCGGCCUUCUCGAGCGUCUCAUUUUCAGUCCCAGUUAUUCUGGCAAGAAGAUUUUAAUAACUGCACCAUCCAGUGUGGCUGUGGAUGAGAUCGGUUUGCGCAUUGUAGAUUUUAAUGAGCGAUUAAGUUAUAAACGGGUCGAAAUUAAAUUCGUUCGCAUCGGGCAAGGCAAAGAUAUGAAUGUUAAGAUGAAAGAUUAUUCAUUAGAAAUCCAAGCUGAUGAUGCUGUCAGAAAUAAUCACGUCAAAGACAGAAAUGGGCAAGGUACUGUGCAGAAUAAAUUACACAGUGAAAAAGUUCAAAUUUUAAAAAGAUGUCAUGUAAUUCUUUCAACUUUAAGGAACUGCUGGCACCCUGCAAUUUGUUCUAAAGAAAUUCAAAUUGCUGCAUGUAUUGUCGAUGAAGCUACACAAUGUACAGAAAUUGAGAUUUUGCAGCCCUUAACAUUAAAUAUUCAUAAGUUGCUUUUAGUUGGUGAUCAUAAUCAGUUGCCACCAACUGUGCAUUCUCAAAUUGCCGUACAGAAACAUUUCGAUCGUUCCAUGCUGGAGCGGAUUUAUUUAUAUUUGUCUAAAACUGUGUCUCCAAAUCCACCUUAUAUGCUGAAAGAACAAUUUCGAAUGCAUUCUAGCAUUUGCGAAUUUCCCUCAAGAUAUUUUUAUGGCGGUCAACUUAUUACUGAAUUUUGCAAAAACCAAGAUUUCUCCAUUUCACCCUAUGUUGUUUUUGAUGUUUCAAGCUGUAAUGAUGACAAUUGUGAUGAGGCGGUUGCCAUUGCUAAGCUAUGUGAAUUUGUUUCUACUAAGGAAUCUUAUUCAUCUAUCGGAGUUAUUGUUCCUCACAAAAAACAAAUUGACAUAUUUCAAAAUUUUCUGUCGAAGAUCCGUGGUCAUAAAAACAUUGAAGUAAAUAUGGUUGAUAACUUUCAAGGGAGGGAGAAAGAUAUAAUAAUUAUAUCGUGCCUUUCCCCUAACUAUUUAGCUGAAAGCAUAGACUUUUUAUCUUGUAAGAAACGAUUAAAUGUCGCCAUUACUAGAGCACGUCACUGUCUUCUUCUUGUUGCUAAUUCAAGCAUGCUUAGUUAUUUUGAUCACUGGGAUGCUCUUUUUAGUGAUGCAAAACAGAGAAACUUAUUUGUAAAAAUCAACGAACUUAAAAAUUUUAUGAAUAUGUUUGAUUUUUUACAUGAAAGACAUUAAACUAUGCAUUUUGUAUCUUUAGUUUGAUUAACCUUACUUAUUUUAAAUGUUUUCAAUCUCGUUAUACAAUCAAAAUUGUUUUUUUUAUUCAUUAUUUAGACAUUUAAUUAAAAAUAUUUCUAAUAGGUUUUAUUAGUUGUAUAAAAAACAUUAAUCUAUGCAUUUUAUAUUGUUAGAUUGUUUAACCUUAUCUAGUUUAAAUUGUGUUUUCAAUCUCAUUACGUAACCAAAAUAGUUUUUUCUUUCUUUCUUUAUAACUAGAGUGUGUCACUGUCUUUUUAUUUGUUGUAAAUGAAGCAGGCUUUAUUAUUAUGAUAAUUGAGAUGCUCUUUAUAGCAAUGCAAAAAGGAGAAACUUAUUACUGAAAAUUCCCUAAAUCUCAACGUAUUUCUAAUAUCUUUAAUUUUUUGCACAAAUCACAUUAAUCUAUGCAUUUUGUAUCCUUGUUUAACUGUUUUAACCUUAAUCUAUUUUAAAUUGUUUCAAUCUCGUUGCACAAUCAAAAUAGUUUUUUUUUUCAUUAUUAAAAGCCUUGUUUUAUUACUUUUUUUUUCAUUACUCAAAGACAUUAAACAUGAUAUUAGUUGUUUUAACCAACUCAAAUUAGACUUAGAGGUUGGGCCGCGCCAAAGAGCAGUACAUAUCGACCAGAGGUCUUUUGUACCAAAACCCUAAAUCAUGAUUAAUAAGAAAGCUUUAUGGCUGAAAUAAACCAGCUUAAAUUAGAAAAAACUAUUCAGAAAUCCUUGUGUUGAAAAAGACAAAUGAGUGAGAAUGUUGACUUUUUAAAUGUUUAUGGAAUCAAAAAAAAUAGACAAAAUAUGCAUUUUAUAAGAAUUUGGUAUCAUUUCAUCAAAAAAUUAUUUAAAUGGAUUUCAUCAUUGUUUAUAUUAUGCGUGAUUGCAGUGCCUUUUACCAACAUAAAUUAAAAUAGACUAUUAACAUAAAUUAAACUAACAUAACAUAAUUAACAUAAAUUAAAAUAGAAUUAAAAUAAAACCCUUGAAUUAAAAAAGUAAAAUGAAUGAUGUUAAUUUUUUCAUUUCAUGAUGUCAAUAAUGUAUUACAUAAUAAUGUUCACAAUGCCAUAAGAAAUAUUUAAAAAAAUUGAUUUUAUGAAAUUAUAAAAAAAUAAAUAAAAAAAAAAGAAUUGACGAAAUCUGCAUGUAUUGUUUAUAAGAAUUAUGUAAGUUUUUAUAAGAGUUUGACAUCAUUCAUCAACAAAAAAAAUUUUUUUUUAAAUUGUGUUAUCAUAAGAUUGUACAAAUGAAUUUUGUCACUGUAUGUAUUUGAUAUUGAUAUAUAUCUAUACCAAAACGUAAUUCAUGUGUGAUAGUAUUGCUUUUAACCUACAUAAAUGAAGAAAAUCUAUGCAAAAAGCCAAAUGAAUAACUAUGUUGUUUAUUACAUCAAAGUAGGAAUGACAAAAUAUGCAUUUAUACACUUGCACAGUCAGCUUUUAUUAGAUUUGAUAUCAUUCUUAAUAAAAUUGUCAAAAUGAAUUUUAUCUCUGUAUAUAUAUGUACAAAAUAUUAUAUUGUUUAUUACUAAUGUUUAUUACUUAUCUAAUAUUUAAAAGCUUUGUAAAUUGCUGAUUUUAUAGCUUUUGGUAUAUAGUACAAUCAAACUUAUUUUUAUCUUAUUUUCUUUUUAUUCUAUUUAUGUUCAGAUCAAAUGCUUAAAAAAAUUUUUUUUAAGUGCUAUAAAUGUUAUUAAAUUACUAUGUACUAUUGAAUAGUACAUACUAUUAAAUAUUAGUAACGCAUGGAUCAAUAAGUCCCGAGACUAACAAUGAAAACAUUUUUUUUGCAAAUUUUUUUUUUUAUUCAUCAACAUAAUCACCUUUUAGGGUGAUACAAUCGUUCCAACGCUUUUCCAAUUUUUCAAUACCAUGUUUAUAAAAAAAAUUAUCUUUCGCUUCAAAAUAAGCUUCAGUUUCAGCGAUGACCUCCUCAUUUGAGCCAAAUCUUUUUCCCUGGAGCACUUUUUUAAGAUCAGCAAAGAGCCAGUAGUCACUGGGGGCUAAAUCUGGUGAGUAUGGGGGGUGGGGAAGCAGAUCAAAGCCCAAUUCGUUCAAUUUUGCCAUUGUUUUCAUCGACUUGUGGCAGGGUGCAUUGUCUUGGUGAAAAAGGAUUUUUUUUCUCUGCAUGUGCGGUCGUUUUUUUGCGAUUUCCUCCUUCAAACGCACCAGCAAGUCAAUAUAAUAAUCACUGUUGAUCGAUUUACCUUUUUUGAGGUAGUCAAUGAAAAUCACGCCAUGCGUAUCCCAAAAAACUUGACGCCAUGACUUUGCCAGCUGACUGCUGCGUUUUCGGAUGCUUCGGACGGCUUUCGCCAGCUGUGCGCCACUCAGAUGACUGCCGCUUCGACUCUGGAGUGUAGUGAUGUAACCAUGUUUCGUCCAUGGUCACGUAACGAUAAACAGCUUUCUGAAUCAUCGACUCGUUGCUGUUUUUGUUCCAUCGAAAGCAAUCUCGGCACCCACUUGGAAAAAACCUUUUUCAUGAAGGAUAGUAAAUACACUUCCAUAUGAUAUCUGUGUCAUCUCAGCAAUCUCACGGAGCUUCACUUUACAAUCUUUCGUUAUAAUUUUUGUCACUUCACUCACAUUUUCCGGUGUAACGGCUUCCACAGGUCUGCCCGAGCGUUCCGCGUCAUUUGUGUCGGUACGACCACGUUUAAACUCGGCAAACCACCGACAAAUCGUUGCUUUUGAUGGACAAGAGUCCGGGUAACAUUUGUCAAUCCAUUGUUUCGCUUGCACGGUGUUUUUACCCAUUAAAAAACAAUGUUUUAUCAGAACACGAAACUCUGUUUUUUCCAUUUUUUAAACAAACUACAAAACGACUUUACUCCAACCUCGAUAACUCAGCUGUUUCUGGUCCGAUCGACUUAAAAUUUUGACACGUUUCAAGCAAAGGUUAGUACUCUAGAAAGACCUGGUUACUGGUUUACUACGAGCGCCAUCUCUGGGUUAGUCUCGGAACUUAUUGAUCCAUGUGUUAUGAUCCAUUACUUAUUGAUCCAUGUGUUACUAUUAAAUUAGUAGUUAUGAUGUAUGUAAGUAUACAUUACUUAAAUUGAAUUUUGCCACAAUUUUCCAAUUAAAUUUCAAUUUAUCCUAAAUAAAGUAAAAAAUGACUCAUUUUAAAAUUACAUUGGUCCACAUUCUUCAUUACUCCAUAUUAAUCCAUGUGUUCUAGAAUGAAUCUAGGUAAUACAUUUUACUAAAACAAAAAGGCUAAACGUCGUGGAUACUAAUAUAUAGCAGCAUGUAUAUAAAAAUUAUGUACAAUAUGCACAAUCAGAUUUUAUUAGGCUUUGAUAUCAUUAUAAAAUUGUAUAAAUAAAUUUUAUUAAUGUAUAUAUUUCAUAUUCAUAUGCAUCUACAAAGUAUUAUUUAAAAUUGCAUGCAAUAUUUAUAAGCAUACAAAUUGUUAACUUCUUAUAGAUUUUAUUUUCUUUUCGUUAAGUUUCAGUUCAUGUUUAUAUCAUAUGCUUUUGAACUUAUUUUUACAAUGCUAUAUUACCUAAAUUAACAUGCUAUACUACUUAAAUGAAAUGUUAGUAAAAUUUUCCAAUUAUAUAUAUAUUUAUCCUAAAUAACGAAUGACUCGUUUCAAAUAAAAUUAUUCCACAUUCUUCAUUACUCCAUAUUAAUCUAGAAUGAAUUUACGCAUUUUACUAGAACAACAUUGCUUAACAUCAUGGAUACAUUACAACUCACAUAUUAAAAUUAAAUAGUUUUGCCAAAGGUUAAUGAAACUGCCAUCAUUUAGUUUUAACCAAUUUUGCUACCUUAAGUUUAACCUUCUCUUAUUUAAUUACAGAGUGUGGCAAAAAAAAAAAAAAAAAAGAACUGGGCCAAACAAAUUAUAAUAUUUUAUUAAAAAUCAAUAAACUAAAAAAACCUAACAUAUAACAAUAAGAGUAGACUUUUAAUUAUAAAAAAAAUUUUUAAUUUCAAAGUGGCGACUUUUUGCAGAGAUGCAAAUGCUAUACGAAAUUUUCAGUAAAGGGCUGUAAAUCUUCUACCUUUAAUCUAUCACAUUCUCACUAAAGUGAUUGUUUUAGAGAGCCCAAACUUUUGGGUUGUUUUAUAACCAUGAUUUACAAAAUUCUAGAUUUUUGCGAAAAAAACUCCAUCUCAUUUCUGUUUUUUCAUGGAGGGAGAAGAAAAAAAUUUUGCCCACAAAUAAGUGGAUUUUUUCUUAUUAUUUUGCAUUUCUUUUAACGUUAUAUAAAAGUUUUUACAUUUUCUUUUAUUUUUUUGUUUUUGGAAUAAGCAUAAAGAAGAUUUGGAUGGUAAUUGAAUAAUUUGGCAAUAUAAUUUUACUUGAUUUUUUGUAUUGUUGUGAAGCAAUAAAUAGAACAAUCCUCUUAUGUCAUUCCGCGCAUAUUUUUCUUUGUUCACCAUAAUAGAAAUUUUAAAUGAAAUUAUAUUAACGAAUUCUGCCACCAUUUUUUUUUUCUUAGACUCCAAAUUUUAUUUUGUGUUCUGGUAUUUUUAUGAAUGAAAGUUUCAAAUUUUACCUAGAAAUAGUGCUCAAGUUGAUUUUGAUAAUUUUUUUUUCUUCUCUUUAAACAAAGAGUAUUCUGAUAAAUUUUGCAUAAUUUAUAAUUUUAAAUGUAUUCCUAAAUUUUUUUUAGAAAUGAGCCAAGUUUAUCAAAAUUGCAAUUGUUUCAAUAUUUUAUAAAAUUCUUUACUCUAGUUAUUACUCAUUUUACUCUUGUCAUUUGUAAUUUCACAAUUCUCAUACAUUAUUCAUGUUGUAAAACUGUGUAAUAAAAACCUCACUAUUUCUGGUUGA